AUGAUUAUGAGGCUGUUCAACAGGUCACAAGUAAAGUUAUAGACUUGUGUCACUGUUCACUUCACUCACUUUAGUUUGUUUCACAGAGCAUUGAGAAAGAUGGAGCUGUAUGUCCUCAUUCUCACAUUUACUGUGCUUGUUUCUUCUGAGGUCAAUGUUGUACAUGAGGAUAUUGCUAUAACUGUAGUCUCUAACACUCCUCAGCAAGAGGAUAUGUAUGGAUUUGAUGGAGAAGAGAUGUACCAUUCAGACUUCGCAAGACAACAAGAAGUAUAUUCAUUACCAGACUUUGCAGAUCCCAUCAGCUGUCCUACAUGUUAUGAUGGAUCUGUUGCUAACCAACAAAUUGCUAAACAAAACUUAGACAUCUGCAUUAAAGCUUACAAAAAUCCACCACCGCAAAUGGACCCCCCCCAGACUUCCAUCUAUGCUAAGUAUGAUAUUGUGCUGCGUGAGAGGAACAACCUCAUCUGUCAUGUGACUGGAUUCUUCCCUCCCUACCUCAAUAUCUCAUGGACUAAGAACAAUGAGAUUGUAACAGAGGCCAGUCUGAGUCAGUAUCGUCCAAAUAAAGAUGGCACAUUCAACAUCUUCUCCACUUUGACGAUGACUCCUAUGGAAGGAGACAUUUACAGCUGCACUGUGAAUCACAUGUCCCUCAAGGAUCAACCUCAGACCAAAACAUGGGAAGUUGACGUUGCUCUUCCCAGUGUUGGUCCAGCGGUUUUCUGUGGAGUGGGUCUGACUCUUGGGCUGCUGGGAGUCGCUGUUGGGACUUUCUUUCUCAUUAAAGGAAACAACUGCAACUGAAAACCCCCAUAUGAACGCUUUAAAAAGACAUUGUGAUUACACUGUAAAUCAUUCUGUAAACAAAGACUGUUUAACUUGGCAACAGUGCGUUAUCCUGCGCUUCAUUUUGUUUUUUAAUUCUCAAUUUUUCAGAUGACAGACAACAUUCUAGAUGUUAAAGAUACAAAUAAAAGCAUAAACCUGAAUGUACCGGCAUUAAUAUUACUCCAUAGUACUAGAAAUGUUGCAGUGAACAUUAUACUGUAUGUGCUUUCUAUGUAACUCCAUACAUGCUUAUCCACUGUUUCACUAAUAUCCCAGUUGCAGUUUGUCAUGAGUAAUUUUAUAAUUGUAAUAAUCUGAGUUUUUUCUGUCUUGUUCAUUGCUAAAUGUUCUUUAAAAUGUCAUUACAUACAAGCACCCGAUUUUUCUCACACAAAAUUAUUUUAUUACAGAUUUUGUUAUGCUUGAAAAUAAGGUAGAUUAAUAACAUCUUAAAUCUUGAAAUGAUCCUGUCAUUAUUUUAAUAAAUAUAAAGUUAAUUCCUUUUUCCAUUGUCUAUAUUGUUUGACAUUGAUUAUAAAUAAAUAUUUAACUCUUGUAAAUUCA